CAGAAUGGAAGAACACCGUAAAUGUAUCCAUGAGGAUCCCUUGAUUACAAGUCAACUUACCAUGAGGAUCACUUGAUUACAACUUAAAAAUCAACUUACUAUGAGGAUCACUUGAUUACAACUUACAAGUCAACUUACCAUGAGGAUGGAUCACUUGUGCAGCAGGAUGGAGGAUCACUUGUGUAGCAGGGAGUGGACCGCAGAUAAGGUCAGCGUAGGCAGACUAGUCCCUGAUAAAUAUAAAACAUGGUCAUUAGAGCGUUACUCAAUGGGAUAAACGUCAACUUGAAUAUCCGGACAGCCGGUAGUACAGGAGAGACAACAAGACGAUGGAUGUCAACAACUGCAAACCAAGAUGGACGCUCGCACAAAUGGCGUGCGUCAACCACAGGAGCUGGAGAAAACUGUAGUCUCCCUUCUACAGAAGAAUGGUCUGGAGGUGAAAAAUAUGUAUAGCCAGGGCUAUGAUGGAGCAGCCAACACGAGUGGCAUGUACAAUGGCCUUCAAGCCAGAAUACGCACACUGAAUGAGAAGGCCCUCUAUGUGCACUGCAAAGCACACUGCCUGAACUUGGUCCUGGUGGAAGCCUCAAAGUCAAACAAGCACUUUGUGACCUUCUUCAACCUGGUUGAGAAGCUGUAUGCCUUUUGCAGUGGCUCCUCAAAGCGCCAUGCUGCUUUAGUCAGAUUGCAGCAGUCCCUGCAUCCAAAGGGACGUAUUGUGGAGCUCAAGAGGCUUUCAGAUACCCGUUGGGCUUGCAGGGAACAAGCACUGAAGGCCCUUCAGAAAAAUCUGGAGGCUAUUAUGAUGCUCCUCAAUGAGAUCUGUGAAAGAAUUCCACCUGACCUGGCCCUAGGGGAUGCAAAAAUGUACAGUAAUGCGAUUAACUUCGCAUUCAUCCUCUGCAUGGAAAUCACCACCCCAGCAUUUGAAGUCACUGCUCUUGCAUCAAACGCUCUGCAAGAAGAAGGACUGGACCACUCCACAGCCUACAAGCUAAUUGAUGGUGUUAUUCACACAAUACAAGCAUUGAGGUCUGAGGAGAAGUUUGCCGAGAUAUUUCAAGGUGCGUCAGAGAAGGCAGAGGCUCUCAACAUUCCUUUACCUACCGUUGUGCCUGGCCAGGAGAGGAAACGGAAAGUGCCAGUGCGUUUCAACCAAAGCACAACUGCAUCACAAGUGAGUGAUGAGAUUGACUCUUUGGAGUCAUACUACAGGAAGAAUGUGUACUACACAUUGGAAUCUCCUGUUGAGCACCUUGACUGCAGAGCUCAACAGGAGAUUCCAUAGGAGCAUCACUGGAAGUCCAACUGGCUCAAUCAUACGGUCCUUCCACUCUCUAACAGUGUGUGCCAACUGGACAAGCACCCCAAACCCAGAGGCAGAGGAAGCUGUCCAUGUUCUUUGUGACUUCUAUGAGGAAAAUGAGGACCAGCUGAAGACAGAGGUAAAGGUGUUCCACUCCAGCUUUCCCUCGAAGAACCUGCAAGAAAUCCUUGCCAUUGUGGAGGAGAACUCUGGCCAGCUCAUCUUUCCAACAUUUGUGAAGAUGGUAAGGAUCUAUGCAACACUGCCAGUGACAACAGCUUCAGUGGAAAGAUCCUUUUCAAAACUGAAGAUUAUAAAGAACAGGCUCAGGAGUCUCUGUGGGGAAGAAAGACUCUCUGACCUUCUCCUGCUUGCCAUUGAGCAAGACAUUGAAAUAAAUCACAGUGAAGUGAUACAAAUCUUCCAAGACAUGGCACCAAGGAGGAUGCUCCUGUGAAGAUCCUUUUAUUUAUCCAGAGCAGAGUUUUGAUAAGUUUUAAGUUAGAAUAUUGUUCGAUUAUUUAACAUACUAUUUGCUUAUACAAUAUGGCCUUGUUUUGUCUGUUUAUGCCUGUUAUUCAUUUACUUAUUCAAUUUGAUCAUUUGAUCUAGUUUGUUAACACAAAUAAAUAGAUAAGUU